AUUCUUUCCUUGAUUGUGACAAAGCUCUGUCUGUCAGCAGGCACUCUUCUCACAAUGAACCCUGCACGUUCGUUACAGCGACUCAGUCGCUUCUUUCCGCGUUCCUCUAUCCUCCCGGUGCUGUCGCGGAGUUUCACCAGCUCAGUCCCGUCACUAUCAAAGGGCACUCCGCCGCGGGGCUGGACUCCCACGCCAUUUGUAACAGAGACAGUAGGAGGAGGCUGGCACACAUAUGAUAUCUUCUCCCGACUUCUAAAGGAACGCAUAAUAUGUCUCAACGGCGAAGUAGACGAAACCAUGUCGGCGUCUAUCGUCGCCCAACUCCUCUUCCUGGAAGCCGAUAACCCCCAGAAGCCGAUUCACUUGUAUAUCAACUCCCCUGGAGGCUCGGUCACAGCGGGUCUCGCCAUCUACGAUACAAUGACCUAUAUUGCCUCCCCCGUGAGCACCAUCUGCGUUGGCCAGGCCGCGUCGAUGGGCUCCCUUCUUCUUUGCGGCGGUCACCCCGGCAAACGUUACUGUCUGCCCCAUUCGUCGAUCAUGAUACACCAGCCGUCGGGCGGGUACUUUGGACAGGCGACUGACAUUGCGAUUCAUGCAAAGGAGAUCCUGCGGGUUCGGGAGCAGCUGAAUAAGAUCUAUAAGCGUCACUUGACGGGGAAGAAGGAGAUGUCGCUGGAGGAGAUCGAGAAACUUAUGGAGAGAGAUUAUUUCAUGGGGGCUGGGGAGGCGUUGGAGAUGGGUAUUGUCGAUGAGAUUCUGGACCGCAGGGUUAGGUCGACAGAGGAAGGGGGUGAAGGGGAUGGGAAGCCACCAACGACUCCUUAGAGGUUUUCUU